AUGGCGGCCGGACGGUGUGUGAAAGUUUGGCUGUGGCCGGUCCUGGCUGUAGGGACGUGUUUGCUGCUCUGUAGGUGUACAGCUGAAUUGGACUGUAAGCCCGGCCCCAAAGUCAAGAACCAGGACUGGGGUUACGUGGACGUGCGUCCCUCCGCCCACAUGUUCUGGUGGCUGUACUACAGGACAGACAAACCCGCCGGCUCGGAACCCACUCCACUCAUACUCUGGUUACAGGGAGGCCCCGGAGGCUCGUCCACCGGCUUUGGAAACUUCCAGGAGAUCGGUCCUCUGGAUGUCAGUCAGCAGCCAAGGAACACCACAUGGCUUUCAGUGGCCAACCUGUUGUUCAUAGACAACCCAGUGGGGACAGGUUUCAGCUACGUGACAAACAAGAAUGCCUACGCCACCAACGUCAGCAUGGUCGCUACCGACCUUGUCACUCUGCUGAAGGACUUCUUUACCUGCAAGACAGACUUACAGAAAGUUCCCUUUUAUAUAUUCUGUGAGUCGUAUGGAGGAAAGAUGUCGGCAGCAUUAGCUCAGAUGCUUGAUAAGGCAGUGAAGCAGGGGGAUGUAAAGUGUAACCUGAAGGGUGUGGCUCUGGGGGACUCCUGGAUAUCAGCCAUGGACUAUGUGAAUACCUGGGGACCUUACUUGAGAGCAACAUCCCUACUGGACCAUGUUGGUCUCCAGGCGGUGCAGAAGUCGGCACAGAUGACUCAGCAGGCGGUGGACCAAGGUCGCUGGAAGAACGCCACGGAACUCUGGAGCAGGACGGAAGACGUCUUGGAGGAGUUCAGCAAUGGAGUGAGCUUCUACAACAUUCUUGGAGACAAAGUCAAGUUUGCGGUGUCUGACGGUCGAGCACCUGCCUUCAGUAAUCCAUCCAUUGAGAAGCUGUACAGGAGGCAUGUCUCCCCCCUACAUGCGCCCAGCCUGGCUGAACUCAUGAACGGACCCAUCAAGAAAUACCUGGGAGUCAUACCUGACGAUGUGACAUGGGGAGCUCAGUCAGGAGAAGUGUUUGCAAUGAUGGCAGGGGACUUCAUGAAACCAGUUAUAGACAUCGUUGAUGACCUGAUCCAGAACACAGAUCUGUCUGUUGUGGUGUACAACGGACAGUUGGACCUCAUCUGCAACACAAUUGGAACUGAGGCUUGGGUGCACAAGCUGCAAUGGCCGGGCCUGUCACAGUUUGACACCAAAAAGUGGACGCCGAUUACUUCCAAGGAGAUAACUGUUGGCUUUGUCAAAACUGUGAAAAACUUCUCAUUCUACUGGAUCUUAGAUGCUGGGCAUAUGGUACCAGCAGAUGCAGGGGAGACAGCUCUAAGGAUGAUUACCAUGGUGAUGGAGGGCCAAUGAUGAAGACAACGUCGUUGUUGUUGUUGUAGACUUGUAGCAGUAGCUAUCAUGCAUGGUGUUCCAAAGGAACUGAACUUACAUGGACAAGCCAAGGACUACCGGUACCAGUACCACUAAAUGCUUCUUCUGCGGACCAUUCUACCUUAAUUCCUGGACCUCCGUUCGGAUCAUGUCCUUGCCCUCCUUGGAUAGACUUGUACUAUCUCCGGAUGAGGAUAGGCGGUCACAGAUUAUUUUCAAUGUACUUAUAAAAGCGUAACAGAUGUGUAUUGUACAUGUUAAGGUUUAUUUGUAAACAGUUGUUGAACAACUUUGAAGGAUUGUUAAACUUGUCCUCUUGCCUUACACUCCAUUUCUAUACAUCAUGUUUUCAUCGAUUCUAAUAUAAUUUUGAAAUGUUAGUGUGAGCAUCUCAAUGAGCCAUAUUCAGCAGCUGCUGCAAUAUCAGUACAACUUUUAGGUCCAACAAAUCUGCAUCGACAUUUGCUUAUUGUCUUUCCGAUGGCUUGAUCAAUAAUUAAAACAUACACGUACAC